AUGCGAUCAAAUAUAUCAGAGAUAAUAAGUAAUUCACAAGAACGUUUACUGAAGAUGACCUUAGAGGAGAGACGCAAAGAAUAUGUGAGGGAAUACGUUCCUCUGAACACUAUCGCACCAUGGAAGGAAGAGAUGAAGGGCAAGAACCAAAAUGAUGAGGAAGAGACUCAGGAAGCAUCACAGGUGAAGAAAAGUUUGAGUGAAAAAGUUUCUCUUUACAGAGGCGACAUCACAUUGCUAGAGAUAGAUGCUAUUGUCAAUGCGGUCCUGGGUACAGAGGACUCCUUUCCUUUGGCCUUUGGGGCUUCCCAGGAAGCUAAGCCCUUGGAAGAAGUCCUGUGA